AUGACGACCAAGUUACCCCGGUCCGAGCCUGAGCCUGAGCCUGAGCCUGCGUCCGCAACAGCAGCAUGGACGAAGCUGAGCAAAGCCGGGCGAGGCUUCCUGUUUGAGGUCACCGGCAAGCCGUGGACUGCAUGGCUGGGGGUGUUAGCAGCUACCAUUGCCGUGUUGCUUGGGCUUGCUGGAAUGCAGGACGAUGGUAUGAUUAUUAGCCACAGCAGAGCGCGUGAGAGCGAGAAUUUGUUACCUUUCACUGAGUGA